CAAAAGGGGGUCCCAUGACAGUACUUCUUGAAGCUCCUGGCCAUUUAUGAGAAUCUAAAAUCUGCGCAGCACAUUUGACUUCUCUAUUUCGAGUUAUUCGUCAUGUCGCUCGGAGAAGUUGAUACGAUACGCAUUCUCGUCUCAACCGACAACCAUGUCGGAUACAAUGAGCGUGACCCCAUCCGUGGAGACGACUCCUGGAAAUCCUUCCAUGAAGUCAUGUGCCUCGCCAAGGAUCGCGACGUCGACAUGGUGCUGCUCGCCGGCGACCUGUUCCAUGAGAACCAGCCGUCGCGGAAGUCCAUGUAUCAGGUCAUGCGCUCUCUGCGAAUGAACUGCUACGGUGAUAAGCCGUGCGAGCUGGAGAUGCUGAGCGAUGCCAGCGAGAAUUUCCAGGGGCCGUUUAAUCAUGUAAACUACGAGGAUCUGGACAUCAAUGUUGCCAUUCCCGUGUUUUCAAUACACGGGAACCACGAUGACCCCUCCGGGGAGGGCCAUUUGGCAGCGUUAGAUAUCCUGCAGAUGUCUGGCCUGCUAAACUACUAUGGACGGACGCCGGAGUCCGACAAUAUCCAGGUCAAGCCCGUCCUGCUCCAGAAAGGCCGCACGAAAUUAGCUUUGUACGGUUUGAGCAACGUAAGGGAUGAGCGGCUCUUUCGAACUUUCCGAGAUGGAAAGGUCAAAUUCUUUCGCCCGUCUAUACAACAGGGUGACUGGUUUAAUCUUAUGAGCGUUCAUCAAAACCAUCACGCAUACACAGAGACAAGUUACCUCCCCGAGACAUUUCUACCAGGAUUUAUGGACCUCGUCAUUUGGGGCCACGAACACGAAUGUCUGAUAAAUCCUCGCUUCAAUCCAGAAACGAAAUUCCACGUUAUGCAACCAGGUUCUUCUGUUGCGACCUCUUUAGUUCCUGGUGAAGCGGUUCCCAAACAUGUCGCCAUUCUCAGCAUCACUGGGCGUGAUUUCAAAUGCGAACCCAUCCCCCUGAAGACCGUACGCCCGUUCGUGAUGAAAGAAAUCGUUCUGAGUGAAGAGAAGGAGGCUCAACGGCUCCUGAGAAAGGAAAAUAACCGCACGGAGCUCACACGAUUUUUGAUGGGUCUCGUGGACGAACUCAUAGAAAAGGCCAAAAAUGACUGGCUCGCAUCACAAGACGAUUUCGACGGAGAUGAAUCAGAGAUACCUUUGCCGCUGGUCCGGCUUCGUGUAGACACUUCCACCCCCGAAGGAGGCAGUUUCGACUGCGAAAACCCCCAGCGCUUCUCGAACCGAUUCGUUGGUAGAGUGGCUAAUGUCAACGACGUCGUGCAAUUCCACCGGAAAAAGAAAGCCACGACAGCUGCUCGCGGCAAAACGGAUGCCCCUGGUGAAACUAUAUUAUCUCAACUCUCCUCCUUGGACACCGUCAAAGUCGAACGACUCGUCCGCGAGUUUUUGACUGCUCAGUCGCUGACUAUCCUCCCACAAAACUCCUUUGGAGACGCGGUUUCUCAGUUUGUCGACAAGGACGAUAAACAUGCCAUGGAAAUGUUCGUCAACGAGUCGCUUGAAAGUCAAAUAAAACACUUGAUGGAUCUAGAUCGGGAGAACGAAGAGGGAGAUGCCGAGUACGAUGAAGAAGAAGCACAGCAGAGUUUGCAGGCCGCCAUGGACAAAUAUCGUGAGCAACUGGAAGAACACUUUUCUAGGGGCAAGGGCAAAAGAAGAGGAGGCAGGAGGAGGUUCAAGCCAAAGCCUGAUUUGUGGGAUAGUGAUUUUGACGGCCCGUGGGAGGAUCAACCAGGUGCUCUGAUCCAUUCAGAUGUUGAGGGGGCUCAGAAUGCGGGAGAAGAGGAAGAAGAAGAAGAUGAUGAUGAUAAUGAAGCGCCUGCCACCAGCCGGAGACGAGGAGCUGCCUCUGCCACUUCGACUCGCGGUACUAGAGGCGGUCGAGGCGGCAGAGGAGGCAGAGGACGCGGUGCCGCAUCAUCCAGGGGUAAGACAACGACGGCAUCGACACGCGUUCGAAGCCGACAAGUUAUGCCCGACGAUGAGGACGACGACGAAGAGCCUGGUCAUGAUGAUUUGUUUGUACAAGACGACGCCAUCGAUAACUCGGCGUCGGAAGCCAGCAAUGCCUUCUUCUCACGGCCCCUCCGAACAACACCCCGCUCUCCUGUUCCAGCUCCAUCUUCACGAAGCCGCAAGACAUCAUCUACAACCACGACCGCAUCAACUCGCAAGGCUCCCGCGCGCUCCACAGCCGCUACCCGCUCAAAACAAACAACUCUGAACUUGGCUCGUACCUCUCAGCCAAGUCAAAGUCAGACAAUCACUAGAUCGAGUAAUGUUAGCGGAGUAGGUAGACGCCCAACGCGAAGCGCCGCGGCGAAAAAGAACAUUGUGAUUAGCGAUAUUGAGGAUGACGAAGAUGACGAAGCGUUUGAGCCUGUGCAGCCGGCUAGUAUUAGGAGUCGGAGGAGAUAG